GCGAGUGGCUAACCCAGCUCUGAAAGGGAAGCAAGACACCUAAAAGCAGCAACAAAAUGCGCAGCGCGGAAACACAGGCGGCGUGUUAAAUAAAAUAAUAAUAUAUAGUCGGUGCAGCUGGCCGUGUGUGGCCGCUGGAAAAACGGGAAAAGCGUUUACACAGUGCUUUUUAUUUAGCAUUUUCUCCGUUUCGCCCGUGUCUGUGUAUGCGUGUGCUGCGUGCGUGAGUGUGCGUGUUUUUUUUUUUCCUCAUUUGGUGUGUGCUUUUUUUUUGUACAUUGCGGAGACGCGCUCUUUUUUGUGGCAGACAGGCGGAAAAGAUGAAAAACCGCAGAGAGAGCGGUGAAAAUUUAUGGGAAAAUGUAUAAAGUUUGUUAAUUGAUCGUUUUCGAAAUGAAAGCAUAGAAAAAGGAGCAGCAACGGCGGCAGCAGCAACAACAACAACGAGUAACGAAAAACGGCAAAAUUUUUUUUGUUUGCCUCGUAUCGCAUUUUCUCACUCUCUCUCUCUCUCUCUCGCUGCGUGUGUGUGUGAGUGUGUGUGUGCGCGUCACAUAUCGACGUCCCUCUCUUGCCACCGACAACAACACAAAUACAAAACGAAGGAAGUAAAGAAAAAGGGGAAUAAAGUGAAACAUGUUUUUCUGUGGCAACAGCAACAACAUAAGCGGCAGCUGCAAAUAUCGGCAGCAACAACAACAGCAGUAUCAUAAAACAUGUGUGGAAUAAUCGCAGCGAAUUGAACAAAGCCCAAAGCCUGGAAAUAAAGUAACCAAAAAAGAGAAACGUCGAAAAUCAAAUCAACACAAACAACAACAACAGCAGCAGUAUCAGUAGCAGCAGUACAGUUUUGUAAACAAAGCGUGGCGACAAUUAUUUACCAUUAUCAAUUGCAAAAAGAAACAUACAAAUUUAAAAGUGCUUGUGAAAUGUUUAUGCAAAAUGUUGAGCAUAGCGGAAGCCAAAAAUUACCAUAAAACCAAAACUACACUAACUUGAGAAAAUCGAUAGAUUCUAGCUUACUAAUCAAUAAAGAGAAAACCAAAAAAAAAAAAAAUAAAAAACAAUCCGUACAGCGCAGAAGAAAGAGAUCGCAAAAGUUUUUGCUUUCUUCUCAGAUUUCCCCCUUGCGUUUGUGUGCGUGUGAGUUCGCAUUCGCGCGUGUGUGUGUGUGUUUUGUUUUCAUUAGAGCACACACACACGCCCCGUUGUGUGGGAGUGUGUGUAAUUGCAAUGUCGAGCGGUAAAUAAACGGAAAGAGCAAUAACAAUAAUAACAACAACAGCAGCAGGAGAAACGUGUUUUUGUUUUGUUUGUUUCAUAAAUGUUUGACAAUUACACUGUAAAAAAGAAAGAAAGUAAUUCGUGACAAGUGCGCGGACAAACGGUAAAGCAAAUUCGAAAAAAAGACUUGAAACUUGUGUUCAUAAUUUUAAACAAACAACAAAAAGUAUUCGACCCAUUUAAAAAUAUAUACGAAAAAAUAUAUAUUAACCAAUACCACAUACAUAAAUCUAUAUUAACUGGUAAUCACGAAAGGAAAUUCAAACAAAAACAAAUAAUAAGCCAACAACAACGACGCAAAGGAUAACGAAAUGAAUGCAAAUUACGUAAAAAAAACUAUUUAAUUUAAACAAAAAAAAAAAACUACAAAUCACAAGCAACCAAAAUCCGACACAAAAACACAAUUUCAAACUAUCAAAAUCGCAUGAACAAAUAACGCAACAUAUAUACAUUCAUCUAUAUAAAUAUAUAUAAGCAAGAGUAUAUAUAUGUCAAGUACAUAUAGGGUAAUACAACAACAAACCAAGUAAAGAUUCAUUAAUCAGCGCAAAACCAACAAACAUCAUCCCCAUGUAUAGAUUAGAGGAUACGAAUAGCGGCGGCGUUAUGGAUAAGAAUAAACAGAAACUGUCUGCUUAUGGGUCCAGCGGGGGCAGCGUCGACGGAGCGCAGGGCAGCGGAAGCGGGGGCGGAAGACAGCGCCACGCCCCCCUCUACGGGCGAUUCGUCGACGCAGAGGAUCUGCCUGCCACGCACCGGGAUGUCAUGCACCAUCACUCUAGUCCUUCGUCUUCGUCGGAGGUGCGCGCCAUGCAGGCCCGGAUUCCCAACCACUUUCGGGAGCCCGCCUCGGGACCUUUGCGCAAGCUGAGUGUCGAUCUGAUAAAGACCUACAAGCACAUCAACGAGGUUUACUAUGCGAAAAAGAAACGUCGUGCCCAGCAGACGCAAGGAGACGACGACUCAUCUAACAAAAAGGAGCGAAAACUUUAUAACGACGGCUACGACGACGAUAAUCACGACUAUAUAAUCAAGAAUGGCGAAAAGUUUUUGGAUCGCUACGAGAUCGACUCUCUGAUCGGCAAAGGCAGUUUUGGCCAGGUGGUGAAGGCUUACGACCACGAGGAGCAGUGCCACGUGGCGAUCAAGAUAAUUAAGAAUAAGAAACCGUUCCUAAACCAGGCACAGAUCGAGGUCAAGUUGCUCGAGAUGAUGAACCGGGCGGAUGCCGAAAACAAAUACUACAUCGUUAAGCUCAAGCGGCACUUCAUGUGGCGCAACCACCUGUGCCUGGUGUUCGAGCUGCUCUCAUACAACCUGUACGACCUGCUGCGGAACACCAACUUCCGGGGCGUUUCGCUGAACCUCACGCGCAAGUUCGCCCAGCAGCUGUGCACCGCACUGCUCUUCCUCAGCACCCCCGAACUGAACAUAAUUCACUGUGAUUUGAAGCCCGAGAACAUCCUGCUGUGCAACCCGAAGCGCUCGGCGAUCAAGAUCGUUGACUUUGGCAGCUCCUGCCAGUUGGGACAGCGGAUCUACCACUACAUCCAGUCGCGCUUCUACCGCUCGCCGGAGGUGCUGCUUGGCAUCCAGUAUGACCUGGCCAUCGACAUGUGGUCACUGGGCUGCAUCUUGGUCGAGAUGCACACCGGCGAGCCGCUCUUCUCCGGCUGCAACGAGGUGGACCAGAUGAACAAGAUCGUCGAGGUGCUGGGCAUGCCGCCCAAGUAUCUGCUCGACCAGGCGCACAAGACCCGCAAGUUCUUCGACAAGAUCGUCGCCGAUGGCUCCUAUGUUCUGAAGAAGAAUCAGAACGGCAGGAAGUACAAGCCACCAGGAUCCCGCAAGCUUCACGACAUCCUCGGAGUGGAAACAGGCGGUCCAGGGGGCAGGCGUCUCGAUGAGCCGGGCCACUCCGUCUCGGACUAUCUGAAGUUCAAGGAUCUGAUCCUGCGCAUGCUCGACUUUGACCCUAAGACACGGGUCACGCCCUACUAUGCCCUGCAGCACAACUUCUUCAAGCGCACGGCAGACGAGGCAACCAACACGAGCGGCGCGGGCGCCACAGCGAACGCAGGAGCCGGUGGCUCCGGUUCCAGCGGAGCAGGAGGCUCCAGCGGCGGAGGCGUCGGCGGCGGCCUCGGAACGAGCAACAGCAGUAGCGGUGCGGUCUCCUCAUCCAGUGCAGCGGCUCCAACGGCGGCGACAGCAGCGGCCACGGCCGCAGGAUCCUCCGGUUCGGUUUCAAGUGUCGGCGGGGGAUCCUCCGCAGCGCAGCAACAGCAGGCGAUGCCGCUGCCAUUGCCGCUUCCCUUGCCGUUGCCACCACUCGCGGGUCCUGGCGGUGCGUCAGAUGGCCAAUGUCACGUUCGGCGCAUAGUGCGAAUUUAAUUUGUUGUACGAAACUCAAAUUUGUGAUGAGUAGAAAGCAAGAAUGCAAGCAAUGAUGAUUGGUGGUCCCUCAUAUAAAGAUAAAUUCCUUUCUUUUUCUAUUCGAACACCUCGCUCGAUCACUCGAAUACAAAUAUGUGUCAAAUAAAACCUAUGCAAAUUCAAUUGAUGCCAGCAGACGAUCGCCGAUGACCGGCAACAACGGCAGCCACAUCUGCAGCAGCAACAUCGACUGCGGCGGCAAAUUCGAGGAUGCCACAACAGUAAGCAGCGACAUGCAGCAUGCGGCAUGCAACCGAGCAACCGUGCAACUGUGCUGCUAUGCAACGUGCAACGAGCAACGAACAACUUUAGGAGCAGCUGCAACAUGGUCGUGUUAUCCAUUAUCUAAUAGCUACUGCGUUUUGUAAAUACUCAUGUAUCUCUUUCACAUUAAAACACACACCAUCUGUCUAUCUCUUUCCACGCCUCUGUAUCUUUCUCUUUCUCGAACGCCACUUAAAAAAAAAAACAAGAAAUGCAUUUGUUUGUUUUCCUAUCAGAAGUAAUGUGGCGCCUUCACAACUGAUUCCAAUAAACCGAGAAUUUUUUUUUUUAGAACUUAAUAUGUAAUUUGUAUCGUGCUCACGCAUUUUAAGCGCUCGGAUGAAAAACAAUAACGUUUUUUUGUCAACUUAAUACCGCAAAAAUGUCUAAGGAGUAAUUACCUAAGUCUAAGCUAUUAGUGUCAUAGAACCUUACGAAGAGUUUGCGAAUACAUAAGAAUAAUAAUAAGAGGAAUCCUUAACGACUUUCUUAAUGACUGCCAUACAUAUAUACAUACAUCUAAUAUACAUACAUAUAUGCAUAAGUACAGGUAUAUACAACUUAAACGACACUGAGAGAAACAGUGAACAGCAGGGGAUCUCGUUGCAAAUUAAAAUUUCUUUUAACAAAAAUCUCAUUUCAAAUCUCGAGUGCUUGUAAACAUUUUCAGCAGUAGCAACUUUUCUUGUUAACUUUUAAAAUCAUCUGUUAAAGGUGAUUAAGGUUUCAGUUUUACUAACCUUUUCUAGCAUAAAAAAGACAACACUACCAUUUCAAUUGGAUAAUUAUAGAAACACGAAUCAUCAGUGCUCUUCCUUUAAUCCAAAUUCAUAGUUUCUGUAGUCGAAAUAGGCAACCCUGCUGUUUAAUCUUCGAAAAAAUAUUUAAGCGCGAAAAACGAAAAUUUGUAAGAGCGAUAAUGGAUCUCAGUGAAAUAUGCGAAAUACUAAACACAAAUCAUAGUUUGUAAAAAGUAUAAAUCCAAAACGAAAAUCGUAGACAUGUAAAAACGAAACAAAUUUCACAAGCAAAAAAGUGGUUAGGAAAGGAAUCUGUUUAGUAACCAAAGUACAUACACAAAAGUCAAGUAAUGAGAUGUGAACUUAAUGGAAAACCCCAGUUUGUAACAUAGACAUAAAUAGAUAUUUUUUUUGAUCCCCUAAUUAUAACCGUUACUCUCUUGAUUCGUUAAAAAUUUAUUUAACAGAUAGAAGGAAGCGUUUUAACUCUAUAACGUAUAUCAAUUCUUGAUUGGGAUCCAUGUCCGGCUGUCUGUAUGUCCGUAUUAACUUCAAAAUCUUCAGAUACGUCGACGCAAUGCAAGUUUGUUUUUAAACUUUGCCAAGCCCACACUUUUAAAAAGGUUUUGAAAUUUUUAUUCGGUUUAAUUUUAUUUGCUUUUCCAAAAUAUUUUUAUCGCGCAAAACUGUCAUGCGCACACUUUUCAAAUUUUUCAUCUUAUUUUUUUACGCGAUUUCUACCGAUAUUUCAGAAAAAUGUAGAAAUGUCCACUAGCUGAUGUAACGGGUAUCUGAUAGUCGGGGAACUCGACUAUAGCAUUCUCCUUUGUUUUAAACCUUUAAUUGCCGUCGGAUAAUGUGUGGUAAAAGCAAAUAAUAAUAGUUUUCUCAAUUUUUUCAAAGGAAUAUACGUUUUUAUAAUUUAUGACAUUAUAAAUAUAGAUAACAUAACGAAAUGACACCCUGAUUUAAAACAUUAAUGAAUGCCGUAAUUUCUGAACCGAACGUACAUAAAUUAGUAAUCUAUAAAUAGCGUAACGCAUUAUAUUUGCUUUUACGACCCUUUUUGUGUGUGGUAAAACACUUCUUGGCAUUAAAGGGAUAACGUAACUGUGGCUUUCUCGCUCUCUUUCUCAAACUUUUGGGAAUUACAGGGAUUUCGUGUAACGAAACCUCAGCGAAGAAGGAGAGCGAGCAAGCAAGCGAUAGCCGCUUUCUUUUGUGAUAAAAACAACCGCAAAAAAUAAUUAACCCUAUGAAGCCAUAGCAUUGCCGCAAUCUUCAAAAAGUUCGGUCCUUGUUACAAAUACAAAAAGCAAAAAUGAAAAAAAAACAGGCAAAAAUGUUAAGCAACAAAGCUAAUAGAAACAAAACACACCUUCAGAAAUAAAACUGCGGGUAAUAUUUAAAUAUAUGCAAAACAGUUUUAAUUGGAACGAUUGAUAAGCGAUACCCGAUAAACAAAUGGCGAUAAGUAUCGAUAGAGCGUCUAAUAUGCUAAAUACGAGUUGAAAACCAAACACAAAUCAUAGUUUGUAAAAAGUAUAAAGUCGUAGCCAUGUAAAAAUAGCAGAAAAAAUUGGUAAAUGAAUAAAUGAAUGCGUUUAGUAAACCACAAGAAGUGAAUAAGAAAACAAAUGAAACCGUAUAGCAAGCAUAACAAAUUAAAUCAGUACGUACUAAAGAGAAGAACUUUAGCAUUUAAUAAAUUAACAUACAUACAUCUAUAUAUAACACUUACGAGUAAUUAUGCGGAAAACUCAAUUACUUUUGUUAGACACAGACGAAAACGCAGACAGACGAACGGAUACGAAAUACAUAUAAAAGUAAAAAGUAAAUAUUUAUUAAAAUUAGAGGUUAGCCCCGAUAAAAUGAUCCAUGAUCUAUGAAUUUAACAGCAACCGGAGAGACACUUAACAAAACUUGUGUAAAAUACUAAAACCCGAAAAGCGAGUGUUAUAGGUCGAGUAAGUUUAAAAGUCACCAUACAUACACACAUACCCAGCAAAACACAGAAGAUGACGAAGUAUGCAAUAAGAGCGAUAACUGCAACAAUAACGAUAACCAAUUGUUAUUUGGGCAGAGUUGCGUUUUGGAAAGAAAGCGGAAAUGAAAGCAAAAAGAAAGUGCAAUAGCGGUAAAAACAGAAGGAAAAGCGGGGAGACCAUAAUGCAUUUUUUUUACGAAACAGUAUUGCAAUGAUAUGAAAAAUAUGAAAUUUGAAUUCAACCCAAAUUAAAAAAAAAAACAAAAGAGAACACAAAAAGCACUCACACACAUACACAGAAAACCGACAGACCGACACACAUAUGGACAUGCAACAUGUGUGGCAUUUAUAUAAUAUAAACAUACAACAGCUGAUGGUUUAAGUUGAAUAAGUACGAGAUAAUUUAUUAACGAUUAAU